AAAAGGCAGACGAAGAAGAAGAAUCGCCUCCACUGUUGACAACACCGGGCGAGUGAUUUUAUUCCGCAGUGUCAGCAGGGAUGCUUUCUCCUUGUUCCCCGCCUCCUCCAGCAGUAUCGCGCUCCUCCUCAUGUCCUCCCUUUCCCCUCGUCAUCCCCCUCCUGUGCCCCCUCCUCUCGCCAUCGUCCCUGACUCCUCCCCUCCUCCCCCACGACGAGGGAAGCUGAGUUUUUGCCGGAGCCAUGGUGGACGUCAGUAAAUGGCCCUUGUUCUCGCUCCUGAGCUCUGAGGAACUGGCAGCGAUCCGACAGGCCUGCGUGUUCGGCACGUCCGCGAACGAAGCCAUCUACACACACAUGGAAACGAGGUUUGUGGCUUGGGUUGAACUGGCAGCAGCCUGCCUCGAUGGACAGCUGUUUGCUUGGGGACACAACGGCUACAGCCAGCUGGGGAACGGGAUGACCAACCAGGGACUGUCGCUGCUGAUCACGUCCAACCUGCAGAACAAGAAAGUGAAGGAGGUGGCGUGUGGCUCGCAUCACUCCAUGGCUCUCACUCAUGACGGGGAGGUCUACGCGUGGGGCUAUAAUAACUGUGGUCAGAUUGGUUCAGGCUCCACGGCCAAUCAGCCCCACCCCAGGAAGGUCACCGGUUCCCUGCAGGGCAAGACGGCCGUCGGCAUCACAUGUGGACAGACGUCCUCCACUCUGGCCGACAACGGAGAGGUUUACGGCUGGGGCUACAACGGGAACGGACAGCUGGGUCCGGGAACAACGGGAAAUCAGCUGACACCCUGCCGCCUCACUGCUCUCCAGGGAAUGUGUGUUCAUCAGAUUGCUUCGGGCUACGCACACUGCCUGGCACUAACAGAUGAGGGGCUGCUGUAUGCCUGGGGAGCAAACACUUACGGUCAAUUGGGGAACGGCAACAAGAGCAAUCACCUCAACCCUGUGCAAAUCAUGGCAGAUAAAGAGAGGAUUGUGGAGGUCGCAGCGUGUCAUUCAACGCAUACUUCAGCAGCGAAGACGCAAAGCGGCAGGUAUGUGUACAUGUGGGGUCAGUGUCGGGGCCAAGCCGUCGUCCUGCCACACCUCAACUUCACCAGCACCGACGACGUCUUCGCCUGCUUCGCCACGCCCUCGGUCAUGUGGCGUCUCAUGUCUAUGGCACGAGACUUCAUGACGGUCGCCGUCUUGAGAAAAGAGUUUGACAGUCCAGAGACGGCCGACCUCAAGUUCAGCGUUGACGGCAAAUGCAUCCACGUCCAUAAAGCCGUGCUGAAGAUCAGGUGUGAGCAUUUCCGUUCCAUGUUCCGCUCCCAGUGGACGGAGGACCAGCAGGACGUCAUAGAGAUCGGCCAGUUCUCGUACCCGGUCUACAGAUCCUUCCUGCAGUUUCUCUACACGGACACCGUCGACCUGCCGCCUGAGGAUGCCAUCGGCCUGUUGGACCUGGCUACUUCUUACUGUGAAAACCGCCUCAAACGUCUGUGUCAGCAGAUCAUCAUGAGAGGAAUCACCGUGGAAAACGCCUUCACCCUGCUGUCUGCCGCCAUACGAUACGACGCAGAGGACCUGGAAGAGUUUUGUUUCAGGUUUUGCGUGAACCAUCUGACUCAGGUGACUCAGACCGGAGCCUUCUGGCAGGUAGACGGCGCUAUGCUGAAGGAGUUCAUCAGCAGAGCGAGCCGCUGUGGAGCUUUUAAGAACUGACUGGUACUCUCACAUUCCUAGAAUUUACAAACGAUGUUCUGACCAAGUGGAUGUAGUUGUGGGAAUGCCCCACUGCUCCGUAAGUAUCGCCUCUGAUCGCAUUCCUGUUCACGGCAAAAGAGGAGGCCCUUUCUUCAAGCGUUUCCAAAGGCACAUAAACAGCAUCGUUAUGGUAAUGUUGAACUGGAAUUUAAGCUGCGUCACCUGUGGAUCCAAAAUCAGCACUUUGGCCAUUUCCUGUGGAGUCACUUAACAAACUCAUGUCGCCUUUUUCUGUACAAUUGUGUUCUUUACGUGCUGUUUGUGUACUUGAAUUUUUUGUUUUGGUUGGCCGGUGCUUAUAUUCAUCCUUAACUUUCUGGAAAUGUUCAUGUAAAAGACCAAAGACCUGGAAGGAAUAGGUAGAUUUGUCUCCGUAAGGGACCUGAAAACGAUGUUAUAGUGAACUUUCUUAGAUAACGGACUCGUACCACUAACCAGGGGUGUCAAACUCAUUCGGAAGUUUACCAGAGCAGUAGAAUCACAGCAUAAUAACCGAUAAAUAACCCACAACUCGGAAUGUUUACUUUGAUUUAGUGCAAAAAAAAAAAAUUUCUAAAAUUGUUCACAUUUAAGGAAUUAUUUUUACAAAACAUUAUGAACAUCCUGAAAGUUCUGAAGAAAACAAAUCAGUUUGAACAGCAUUAUGCCUCACUUUAUCAUUCACACAACUUACAGAUCACAGAGUGUCUACAAAAGAACUGAACAUUUAGUCACAGCUAUACGAUCAAGACGACAGAAGUCAGACAAAAAAAAGACAAAAACAUCAAAGACAAGAUAAAAACGAAACACAAAAUGAUGAAAAAUGUAACAAAAUGAAAAAAAGAAACAAAAUGACACGAAACAAAGCAAAAAAGAGACACAAAGUUUCAAAGCAACAAAAAAGGACAACACAAGUGAGACUAAAAAAAAUGCAAAACGACAAGAACGACAAACAAAACGGCAAAUAAAACAAAACAAAAAAUGACAAAAUAAGACAAAAAACACAAAACGCCAACAACGAGAACAAAACGACAAAAACGUGAGACAUACGACAAAAAUCAGACAAAAAAAACGAGACGUGACAAAAAUGAGACACAAAAUGACAAAAGAAAAUGGAACAAUCUCGUACUUUAUGAUCUAAACAACUUGUCAUGGUGCAGAAAUUACUUUUAGGUUUAUGUUUUGAUAAUUUACAGUCUGCAGUUAAUGUCUUCUCUGUGAUUUUUACACUUUGAGGGCCGGUUUUGGCCCACGGACCACAUGUUUGACACCCCUGCACUAAACUGAAACACAUAAUUGAGUUACUUCUACAUUUUCUAGGCAAAAGUAGCUGAAUUUUUUUUUUACUAUUGAGUCGAAUAGAGACUGUCUGUUGCAUUUUAAAAGUGUCACAGAGCUGAUCCAGAGCCUGCUGUGGGGUCACUACGGUCACUUUUUGUUCUCUUCUCUUGCAUUCCCGACAUUGUGGGACUUCAGAGCUAUUAUAGGAUGUGUGUUUUCAUUUUUUUAUACUUAAAUCUGCUUUGUUUUGGUAUGUCUGUUGCUCUAUGGCACUUUAAGAAACUCCAGCUGCUUCUUCCUUUUCAGUGAAACUAGUAGCUCAAAUCCUAUUAAACCCUGUGGACAGAGAAGUUACAGAAUGUUACACAAACAGUGAACGUUUGAGGCACUGUUGAGUUAUUAGUUGCAUUAAAAGUAUAACCUACAUAUACAGUAAGGCUUAAAAGUAACUAAUUUCCUUAUUGAUUUUGUUUUAAUCUUAUUAUAUGUUUUGUAUUACACCUGAAAGAGCAGUCACAAAUGGGCAAAAUAGUCGACAUAGUAAGAUGAUUCCUGCAUAGUUCAUUCAUAAUUCAUCAGAUUUUUCUUUAAAUAUAUUAAAAAUGCACUCACUGAAACUGCACAAGGCAUUGCAAGUUAAAGCAAUAUAAAUGCUCUGAAAAAUAAGUGAGGUUUAGUAUUAUAUUUUGUUUGUAUUCUGUUUUCUUGGGCUUAUUCUGUUGCGUCACUGGGUGGAGUGCAAAAAUAUAUCAUUGACCAAAGACGGUUGAGGUUGGUUUCUGUUUCCCCGGUUAAGUUUCUGUUUCCUGGUGCACUCUGACAUCUGUUUAUUGUAAAAGCACAGUUUCAUUCAGGUGAAUUUGAGAUGCAUUGAGGCUAGUUUACAGAGGAAUGAGAUGCAGGUUUACAGUUCUCAUUUUGUAUGAGAAAUGUCAUGCAAACUGGCAAAAUAAGAUUGUUUUCUUUAAGCUUUUAUUUACUUAGGAAAUGCUUAUGAGUCUGAUAGACAUUAAAUUCAACAUGUAGGGCUACAGAGUUGGGAUUUGUAUUUGUUUUUUUGUGGUUAUGUACCUGUGACAUUUUUACUUUGAUCGGUUAUGUUUUGAUAUGUUUAUGUAAGGAACUCAUGGUUUGUUUAUUAUAGAAAAUGUACGCAGCCUGUGAAGGAAAUAAAUAAGUCCUUGCUCUA